UGCAUCAGUCCCUUGUAGCCGGCACCAAGUGAGCUAGCAAUUGUUAGAAUUAGUAGUAAAAGCCAAUUUCCGCUAUGGCCGCUGCGGUGAUGGUGAUGGUGAUGGUGAUGGUGGCGUUGACUGUGUGCAUCAAUGUGGAUGUGGCGGCGGGGCAAGGACUGUGCAAGAUGACCCAGGAGGGGCUGACCGCGUGUAAGCCGAGCAUCAGCACGGUGAAGGCGGAGGCCAACCCGAGCGAGGCAUGCUGCUCGGCGUUGAAGCAGGCCAACCUGACGUGCCUCUGCAGCUUCAGGAACUCCAACCUGCUACCCUACCUCGGCAUCAACCCCGAUCUGGCCAUGCAGCUUCCUGCCAAGUGCAGCAUUGCCCCGCCCCAAACAUGUAAUUAGCUACGGAAAUUAAGCCUGCUGAGUCUAGUAGUUUUAACUAAUUUGGUGCUACUGAUUGGGUUUGCAUGCGAUCGUGUUUUCUACUUCCUGUGUUGGCUAAUUAGGUGACUGUGUGGCGAAGUCGUUGUAAGUCAUUUGGUUUGUUAGCGGUAAUAUAAUAAUGUGUCAGUUUGGUUA